CCCAAGGUACUGCGUCAUCAAGGUGCAGGCUAGCUAACAUGCUAAAAUGCUAAAAUACUCCUGUGGCUUCAGUUCAAUUCAGGUGACCUCUGCCUUCACUGAGGAGCUGCUACCGUGUGUGAGUGACAUUCUGCUGUUUGUAGUGCCUCGUUCAGCUUAACAUGUUGAACACUUUGAGGACUCUGUGGGACAGAGAAGCUGUGACUGGUUAAACUGGGACAGAGAGGCUAGAAGUUGAACUUGGAGCAGAUUGUAGAGGAGGUUCAAGACUCACAUGAUGGUAUUCAGACAGUCGCUCAAGCAAGUGGGGAGACCGCUGCCAGGAUCAAGUCCACGCACGCAGGGAAACGGUUUUGUCUCUGAAGGUUCUACCGUGAAACCGCCAUGGUCCCCUUGCGGUUCUCCAGACUCGUCCUGAUUGUUGCGGCCCUCGUCCCUCGGCCGUCCGCGGGAUGCCCCUCCGGCUGCCGCUGCUACAGCCUCACAGUGGAGUGCGGAUCCAUCGGGGUCAAAGAAAUCCCAAAGGGUGUCCCCGCUGUCACCGAGACCAUCUUCCUCCAGGACAACGCUGUGGUGCAGAUCCGUCUUCAGGACCUGACUCGCCUCGGCAGCCUCCAUUAUCUCUACCUUCAGAAUAACAGCAUCUCGGCCCUGGAGCCCGGGGCGUUCCUCAGCCAGGGGCAGCUGCUGGAGCUGGCUCUCAAUGGAAACCUCAUCCAUCUGGUCACCCCAGACAUGUUUCGUGGCCUGGAGCACCUCCGGAUCCUGUACCUCGCCGGGAACCAGAUCACUCGAGUGCAGGACCAUACCUUCAGGGGACUGCAGCGUCUGCAGGAACUCCAUCUGCAGGAAAACAGCAUCGAGCUGCUGGCGGAGCAAGCUCUGUCUGGCCUGUCAUCCCUGGCCCUGCUGGACCUCAGCAGAAAUCACCUCCGCACGCUGGGAGCCUCAUCACUCAAACCGCUCGUGAGCCUGCAGGUGCUCCGUGUCACAGAGAACCCAUGGCGCUGUGAUUGUGCCCUGGGCUGGCUGAGAACCUGGAUCAGCGAAGACGGACAGCGUCUGUUGAGCUCUGCCGAACAGCGUCGGCUGAUGUGCUCCGAGCCGCCUCGCCUCUCCCACCUCAGCCUGGUGGAGGUGGCUCCCAACAGCCUGGUCUGCAUCCCCCCCGUGGUGCAGCUCGAGCCCAGCCACCUGACCGUGCGACUGGGGGAGAGCCUCCGGGUCUCCUGCCAGGCGUCUGGAUACCCUCAGCCACAGGUGACCUGGAAGAAAGCCUCCCAAGGCAAGGCCCAGCUAUCACCUCGAGGCUUGGUUCAAGAGCUUGGACCCAACGGUGAGCUCUUCAAGCCCGGAGCUGGAGGAGUGGUGACCGCCCUGCCCAGCAGCGGAGGGAUCAAGGUUGGAGGUGUUGGGGGGAUCCAGGGGCUUGUGCGUGGGGCUGAGGAGGGCGGCGAGAGGGACAGCUUUGAUCCAGACAUGGGCAGCGGCAUGCUGUUCCUGAGCAAUGUGACUGUAGCGCAUGCUGGGCGCUAUGAGUGCGAGGCCUGGAACCCCGGUGGCGUCGCCAGAGUUACUUUUCACCUGGCCGUCAACAUGUCUUCUUCUUCAUACUCAUCCCAGUUCUGGCCUCGUUUGAACGUGCACUCCUUCGCCUCCUCCUCAUCCAACUCCUUCUAUCAGCCAGAGGUUCUGGAUGUUAGCCAGGAGCUGCUCUACGAACAGGACAGCAUGGACUUCUACUCCCUCGGCCCCGCUACACAGACCGCCAUCGCCGUCGGCAUCUCGCUGCUGGCGCUCACCGCCGUCCUCCUCUUGAUUAUGAUCUACACCCGCCACCAGCAGUACCGCAAAGACGAAGGCGGCUCCUACUGCACCAGCAAGGAAGAGAGCAUCCUCUACGUGAACGACUACUCCGACGGACCCACCACCUUCGCGCAGCUGGAGGAGUACCGCGACGACCACGGCCACGAGAUGUACGUGCUAAACAGGACCAAGCCCGUCCCGGGCUCCGCUUCGUCCAGGUGUCCCAUGAUGAGCGGGUUCGUCCAGCAGAAGGGUAUGAAGGAGGCUCUCCUGGACCACGAAAUGGUGCAGACACUGACCAGAUCGGGAGGGAUGGGGCUUCGCAGGAACCCGGCAGACGGAGGCGAGGGACCCCUAACAACAGACCCAGAGGAGCUCUUCCUCAGUCAGAGUCUCCUCUUCGGAUCACAGGUCGCCUACGAGAUCCACUGCUAAGGGGUCUUAAUUGCGUUGUAAAACAAUAUAUGGACGGACUUAAUUAAAGACAUUAAAGGAAAUCACCUUGGUGCAAUGAUUCGAAGCAUCAGAUUAUUAUGUUGUCUUCAAUAGAGGGGAGAGCGUCAGUUAGCGGUUGCUGGGGGAAACCUUGAUCACGAUCAGCCUCUCAGAGAUCCGCAUCUGAUUGAUUGUACGGCAUUAAAAUGGGUCAGAGGGAUGAACAGUGAUAAUUAGGGAAAGCAAAACUGAAUCAUACCCCGUCUGUCUCCAAAUCAACCCUUUAAAGAUAAUUAUAAGUGGCUAACUUCACCAGAAACGGUUUGUAUGACAUCUGAAUCCUCACAAAAAGAGGCUGAGACUGUGCAGCACAUAGUGGCAACUAACAACAAUAUGAAUUAAAACAGUGUUUUAAUCAUGUCAUAUUUUGUACUUUUCUUGUUUUGUGCGUUCUGUCAGUGUUUUUGUGUAAAUAUAAUGAAGCUAAUUCUCACUGUGAAGUACAGAUGUUUUGUGGACCCUGUUGCAGAUCCCAUUAGAAUAAGACCUGAACUGAUCCUCUCGCUGAAACCACAAUGUCAUUACCCAUAUAUGUGAGUGGGUGGAUAAAGAGGCUCAUUUUGAAUGCAGCGAAAAGCCUUUUUUUUUUUUAAUACACCAUAGCAUUCAUUGUAUUCCUUGAUGUUAACAUGUCGUGUUUUUUUUCUACUGAUUUGUUGCAAAACUAGAACAAGGAAUUAACAUUUCUAUUGUUUGAAAUGGAACCUUUGGUGGAAUUAACUCCAUUAACCCACGUCUGUAACAGCCAUUAUAAUGUGAAUAUUGUACAUUUUGUCUUCGGUUUCUACAUAAUAAAGUGUAUUUUAAAAGA